GCCAUUUUAAGACUUGCUCUGAAAGUUUAGAUACUUGAGGUUCUCAGUGGCGAGAGUAUGUGCUUUCAGCCCAUUUCGGGUUUUGUAGAGAACCAUAGUCAUUUGUUAACAACCUUCAGAAUGGAUAAAGAAACUUCGAAAAAAACUUCCCCAAAUGACUUUGGCCAUUUUUAAAUGAAAGAGCCGGAUGGCUGACAAGCCAUCAUCUGUAGAUGCAGAGCAGUCUGGCUACCUGUAUAAAUAGAAUUCACUUUUGGACAUUUUGUUUAUUUUGUGUAUGUGGGUGUUUUGCCGGCAUCUAUAUCUGUCUGUGGACCAUGUGCACUCAGUGACCACAGAGGCCAGAAGAACGUACCAGAUCACUUGAAACUGGAGUUAGACAGUUGUGAACCAUAUGGUGCUGGGAAUUGAACCCAGGUCUUCUGCAAGAAUAGCCAUGUGCUCUCGACCAUGGUUCAUCCCUCUAGCCCUUAGUACAAAUAAAAUUCUGAUCCCAGUUAAUAAAUGAUAUGUUACUUAGUUAUAUAAUUAACCACGAUUUAAGAGUUACAGUUAUUGGUAAUUUCUGCUCUGUUUCCUUAAUCUCCAAAGUUUGUCUCAAGUUUCUCAGUGUAUACCUUACGGAAAAUUUUGUAUCAUCAUGUAUAAUUUGUCAUUUGCUGUAUAUUUAGUCUGUGCCAUGUGCUUUUUAUGUGUUACCUUAAGUCUCUGGAGAUCUUUGGACCAUUGCUGCCUCCAUUUUAUAGAUCAGGAAAGAAGAAAAUGAAAAUAAGCGAUUUAUCCCAAAACCCAGAGAUUGUAAUUGAUAAAGCCCUGUGGCUCCCUGUGUUACACACUGAUCUCUUCAGUCUAGAUGGUUCCUUCAGACUUGUUAACAAGCAUGUCUUGCCUUUGCUUUAUUUACAUGCGCCUGACUAUGCACCACCUUGUAUUAUUCUUUAAACAGUUAUCAACUGUGAUUUAUAAUUCCUGUAUAUUUAUAAACCCUCAGACACAAAUUUUCCCAACUUAGCAGAUUGCAGAUAUCUUUCAUAUCACAGGAAAUAGAACCUAUUUAAACAAUAUUAAAAUGUAUUUAUCUUGUCCAUUUUUUUCUUUUUUUCAGUAAGGUCAGUGAUAUUUAUCCUUUGUUUUCACAGAAGUCUGGGAUUGCGAUUGUUUCAACGUUUCUGAAAGCUUCAGGCAAAACUUUAGGAGUCCAGGGGGGUGAUGGCAGGCCACAAAGCAGAGGAGCUGCUAGAUAUUCUUCGGCUGAACGUGGGCGGCUGCAUCUACACUGCCCGCCGGGAGUCUCUGUGCCGCUUUAAGGACUCCAUGCUGGCGUCCAUGUUUAGUGGCCGCUUCCCUCUUAAAACAGAUGAAUCCGGGGCGUGUAUUAUUGACCGCGAUGGACAUUUAUUUAAAUACAUCUUGGAUUAUCUCCACGGAGAAGUUCAGAUCCCCCCGGAUGAGAAGACUCGAGCCGCCUUGCAGGAAGAGGCCGAUUAUUUUGGCAUCCCUUAUCCGUACAGCUUGUCUGACCACUUGGCCAAUGAAAUGGAGACAUAUUCUUUAAGGUCAAAUAUAGAACUUAAAAAGGCUUUAACAGACUUCUGUGAUUCAUACGGCUUAGUCUGCAAUAAACCAACAGUUUGGGUUCUCCACUACCUUAACACAUCUGGUGCGAGCUGUGAGAGCAGAAUUAUUGGUGUCUAUGCUACAAAAACUGAUGGGACAGAUGCCAUUGAUAAGCAGCUGGGAGGGAGAAUUCACAGUAAAAGCAUUUUCAAAAGAGAGGCGGGAAAUAAUGUUCAGUACAUUUGGAGCUAUUACUCCGUAGCUGAGUUGAAGAAAAUGAUGGAUGCCUUUGAUGCCUGGGAAGGAAAAGGUGUAAGCUACUGGCGUGUGCCCCAUGAGCUCAUAGAGUGUUGGACUCUGGAAGAGCGGCCUUUACACGGAAGCCUGCGUCAUAUGGCCCCCAUCCGAAAGAGGCGGCUGCUGACCCUCAGGGAAGAGGAUGAAGGUGUGAACUGUAAGACUGGUCCUAAGCCGGUCAGGUUUUUGGGUCCUUCCACAAGCACCCAAAUUAAAGUCAAGAACUCUGCUUCUGUGAGAGUGUCACCUAUCAGUGCUGCCCAGAUCUCCUCUCAGGCCACAGCAAACCGGUCUCAAAGAGGCAGCUAUGGAAAGGCAGCCCAGUGCUCUGUGGCUACGGGGACAUCUGGGCAUGCUCCCACUUCCCCUCAUGCCCACAGUGCUGAGAACCAAGCCACACAGCCACCGCCAGCCAAGGUGCUCCUCUCUGAGAAGAAGUCUCCGCCCCACCGAGUGAUCAAGCUGAGGAGGACUCCACUGUGUGUGGGGCCUUCCCUGCCCACCCCCUCAGCAGGGAGCCAGGCUGGCUUCCCCCAGCAGCCUUCUCCAGAGGCUUCCAUGGCUUCGGGUAUGCGGACUGAGUCCAGGGAAGACCAGCCUGAUGGAUAAAGUGGACUGGAAACUGCCUGUCUGUCCUGCAGCUUCCAGUGUGCUGAUUUCAACAAGUGAGCUCUGUUCUUGUCGGCAGAAGGGAAAACUCAUGUGGAUGUUGAGGAUUAUUACAGGAAAAGUAAAUUAAUUCCAUGAUGUGGGAGUGGAGGAGGAGACUCGGUGCUUGCCAUACUACUUAGUGUUUUCCUAAGGUUGUGUGCAGGUUGGUUUCUAGUUUUUAAUUUUAAGCUUUAUUUAAAUGGUUAAUCACUAGAGACGUUCCCCUUUUUUGCAGUGAUAUUGGCCACUUCUGUAAUGUUGCUCCUGUAGUCCAAGGGUAGGAGUGAGGCCUGGCAGAUGAGUUCCUGUAGAUGGAGAGAGGGACCAGUGCUGGCCGCACUGUAUAGUGGCCAGGAGAGUCUCCGAGGGAAUGUGUCCUCAAGCUGCUCACAGUUGCUUAUUCUCCAAAGACAACAGAUGACGGGACAAGGGAAAGAAUAUAGUUAAAGACAGCCUUGGACACACUUGACCGGCCAUCUUCUUUCCUGGGUUGGCUCUUCACCUAGAUCCAUUAGCAGAUGUGUCUUCAGACACCACAAGGGGUACAUGUGGUGAGAGCUGUAGAAUGGACUUGGGAAUGGUUCAAAUUUUAAUUUGAAUAGUGAAGUGUUGAAGUGCUUUGAAAAAGAGAAGUUAAAUAAGUUUAACUUUUUAACUCAAGUUAAUUUGUUCUUAGAAGUGACCAUUGAAGAGUCCUUCUGAUUAUACACUAUGUUUUAUGCAUACACUUUCCAUAUAACUUGAAUUUCAUAUUUUUAAACAAAAUAUUUUGAUUAAUCCUCUAUUUUUUCAUGACCAUUGAAUUGGAUGUGCUUACUCUUAUAUAUUAUGUUUGGUAAUUGGAUUGUACAUUUCUGCUUUUCAUGAGCACUGUGCCUCAGUGUUUUAAAGAUGGUUCAUUGGGUAGUGUGCUCCUUACUCAGAUCCUGGGCAUGUACUUGUAUUGCUUUGAAAAAGUGAGGCAGGUAUACUCAUGAUGUUUUCUUUUAAAUAAAUAAAACGUUUCCACAAAAAGGUGA